UCAUUUUCCAGAGAGAGAGAGAGAGAUCAAAGCUCUCAUCAGUCUCUCUCGCUCACGAAGCACGGCCAUGACUUCAGAGAGCUCUCCGCCUCUGAUUUCAGCUCAGCUCAACCACCUCGCUCUUCACUUUCCUUUUCUCGCGAAGAUUGAGCCUAAGUGGUCUGGUAGCAAAGACUACAAUGGAGUUCAUGAUCGGUUUACCUUAGUUAUUUCUUACUGUCUGGACUUUAUCAGAUGGGAUGUUAUAUUUGAUGCUGAGUAUCCGAUGUCUGCACCGGAUUUUAUAUUCGGACCUGAAAAUGAAAGUUUUCAGCAGUUUCUUGUAUUGCAUGGUGAAGAACCAAAGUCUCCCUUGAGCCGUUUGGGUGAUUGGAAUGCUAGAGAUCCUAAGCAGCUAAUGCAUGUAGUUCAGGAACUGAGAGAUCAAUACAUGGCGUACCAGACAAAGCGUGUUGGAGAGGUUCAAGAUGAUCGCGUGAAGUUUGAAAUUAGCACAAUUGCUUUUCGGGAGGGAAUCGAGAUGUACUUGAGUUCCGGAUUUGAUAAGCCAGAGGAGGUUAAAUUUGCAGUGCCCCUAGUCGAUACAAACAUAAACAAAAUGGUGCCCGGCUGCCCCUGGAUAUAUCCGCAGAAGAUAUAUUUGCAGGUUAUAUAUCCUGUUGAGAAAAAAUAUGUUUCGACUCCACCAGCUCCUCGUUUAAAACUAGUAGCUACCGGGGACUUGAAGGCUCUAUUUUCCAUAGAUGAUAUCAAACUUCCAACAUGGUUGACGGAGAUGUGCAUGGCCGAAUAUCUUCCCCCUCUGGAAGAGACUCUUGAGAAACAGGUUUUGGAGGCAAUUUCCUUAAUUGAUGUUAGACGACGCUUUAUCGAGGCAUUAGCUGUUCUGUUUGGAAGACCAGUGGAAGCCGAUCCGAUCUUUUGCAGAAGGGCAACGUUUAUCACUGCUUCUGGAGUUUUCACGUUCAUGGUUCACUUUGCUAUCACAACUCAAUUUCCAAAGCAACCGCCAGCUAUAAUGCUUCAGAGUUCCCAGCAUUGCAACCCUCAAGGUGUGCCAAUCAAAUCGCAGCCACUGACUGAUUAUCCUUUUAGUCCAAGAUGGGAAGCAUCGCUAAUGGCUGAACGAAUAUGGGACUUUUUGGCCGAUGAAGCCUUAAUCUUCAAGAAGCACUGCAUGGAGCAGCAGUAGACGGCGCGGCUAAGUAUAUUGACAUAUUGUCAAUGUUUUGUAUCGUCACUGGUGCCAUACCAAUCAAACUGUGUAAAGUUGGCCCCUUUUGAAAUCUCAUGAUUGUUUGAUAUCAGCAUGGAUCAAAUAGAUCAUCACUUCUGUUUAGAAUUAGGAAAUGAAAGUGAUUAAAACUGCAGUUUAUAAUCUUGAACUUGAACUUUGGUAAUCUCCAAGAUUUGAAGCAUCUAUUACAAUAGCUGCCUAAUCUUCCUUUUGA